AUGGCCCGAUAUGAAGCUACAAUCUAUGACGACAUAUCAGGUAAUGUGAGCAACUGCAAAAGCCUUUCGCAUCAUGACGGAGCGAGGGCAGUAUUGAAGCUUUGGAAAACCGGCUUGAGCCAAAAAAUGGCGGCUACUGAAGUAAUCAAGCAUACUAGGAGGGGGCUAAUUAGGUCUACCCUUCUGACUGGAUCUCUGGUACCCAAGUGGAUGCAGAAUGGCCAUGACUUUGGUGAACGUGGCCGGGAGCUGGCUUUUGACCAAAUAAUGGUACAGCUCUUAAAUCUUCGCCACGAGGUUCAUCAUCUCUGUCGCAAGCACGGCGACGUACACGGAUUCGAUUCAGACAAAAUCACACCGAGAGCUCUGGAAUUAUUCGAUGAACUUCGGGAUAUCGACGGCGCACUGCAGGACUGGAAGGCACAUUUUCCACGCGGUUGGACUUAUCGAACCGCCUAUUCUGACAGUGAGCUUUCUGGAAAUAGAACGGAUACUGCCCCGUGGACUGUCUACAGCUACACGAGCCCGGUGCAUGCAUGGACCUGGAAUCAGUAUAUCACAACUUGCAUGCUGAUUGACAGUACACGCAUCAGAAUUCUGGACAUUUGCCAGAACCCGAGCGCGGAUGAGUAUUCUCGGAAAGAGCAACUCAAGCAGUGCACUUCUCGCAUUCACACCAUGUGUGAUCAGCUGGCUGCCAAUAUACCCUACUGUUUACAGCGAUUCAAGCCUAGUAAUAGUCGCACCUCCGAAGAAAGAGAACUGGAUCACAUCUGGUAUAGUUCAGACCGAAAGAUCAAGCCUUAUGCCGCCAAUCAAUUAAUCUGGCCGGUUGGGAUCGCUGCAGGUAUCAGCAACAUGGAUCCAAAGCAGCGGGAAUGGUUCAAGUCCAUGCUAGGGGCCUUGGGGAGGAUAACAGGGUUGGGAGUUAUUGCGUGUGCAGAUACGAACAACUGGCUAGAGCUUUGA